AGUUAGGGCGUGUCCCACCCCUCUCAGGGUCCGUGCCUAUUGUUAUGCACUGAUCCCCACCGAGUACCUGAACACAGAGCCAGUCGUCCUAGCUAUAUACUCUGGCUCGCUCUGACGCACACAGCAUUUGUCUGGCUGAGGGCUUACGCACACAGAAUUCGGCAUACCCGUUAGCAGCAGAGCGUUUAGCCCUCACAAUAGCGUGUAUGGGCGCUGCUGUUAUGUGUUGACGCCGGCCAGUCUUUGAUGACCGCACCUAGGUACUACAUGACUACUACUUGAUAAUACACUACAUGUCGACUCUGAUGGUUAAAUCACUUUUAACCGAGUUUGGAAGCCUACGUAUGAACCUGUGCUGCCAGUGAUAUACCAGAGACAGUUACUAUAUAGUGCUAAGGAUUUCUUUGACGUGACACUACAUACGCCUACCAAAAAGUGAGAGCGAUUUACCGGGGCAAGGUUGGACAAUUCACAUUGCGGUCAUAAUACAGUUAUGGCUACUCUAAGCAAGAGAUAAAUCAAGUGUGUAGAGGAACACGCUAAGAUGGCCAAGUCACGCCCUGCUUUAGGAGCGAUGUUUAGGCUGAAAGGUAAAAGCAGCCCUAGCGUGCAGCUUACAUCCAUGACUAGCUGCCAGAGUAACGAAUCUAAUGGCUUCAACAGUCUGAGCACUGGGGAUAACCAAUUCCCCAAAAGUUCGCGUCUCGGAAAUUACAAACCAAAGUUUCUCAGCCAAUCAGAGAAUAAACAAUCAGAGACAUCGGAAGUUACCUCACGUUCUAACGGCGGGUCGGUCGUCCCUGAACCCGCCAUGCCCUCAACAAGCGGCGAGUCAGAGAAGUACACAUCGCGAAGUUUGUAUGACAAUUACUCGCCCCUUCAAAAGUCAUCCUUCUUUAACCACAGUAAAAACGACAGAUCAUCAGUUCACAACUCCUCUGUAACUACUGACAAUGUCAAGAAAGGCCUUAAGACGAAAUCGAGUGAGAACUUUAUUCUGAUGGGCGAUAAGGACUCGCCCAUGGUGAUAGAGACUUCGGGUUUGGGAUCGAGUCUGGAUGGAGAUGAACUUCCGGAAGAAUUGCCGGACGGGGAAACCCAGGAGGACAACAUUUCCUCUCUGACGGAUCAGGUCCUCACGCUUAAUGACGAAGAACAUAAUAAUGAAAGAAUUAAUGAAAGUGCUAUAAUUGCGGGCAAAAGGGACAUUUCGGAAGAGGCUGUUCAGAUGACUAACUCGGAGGGCGAUGUUGAGCAGAUGCCUCACUUACAACCCACAGUGCAUAUCGUAAACGGUACUAACGAUUUAGGUUUAGACAAAGGCACAGACAAGGAGAUGCCGUACAUCCCUCCCCCUGAUUAUGAUGAAGAUGUGAUGACCAUAGAUAUUCCUGACGAAGACGAGGAGACAUUGGAUUACCCAUCAGCCGAGCAGGCCCUAUCAUCACGACGGGUGUACAAAGUGUACCAAGGCGACGACUUCGGUCAGUACCUGAGAGAGGAAGAGAGUCAGUUCAUAAUACCGACGUCCAGGACACAAACACGGUACAAGAAGUCCAGCAAGAAAUCGAGCACUAAGACAAGGGAUAACAAUAGUAAAAGCUUGACAGGAACCUUGUCGAGGGCGCUGUUUGGUGGGUCGAAGAAAACCGUGAGUGAACCGGAAAAGCGACACACGAUCCACGAGUUUUCCUUCGGCCACUCCAAGAUUGGUCUUGGUGAUUCUGUGGGAAUACCUAACGGGGUUUGGAGGACAGGGGGAGAGAGGAAACCUUCCAGGGUAUCCUCUUCGGAUAACAACCGGCUGAGCAAUUACGAACUGUUCCUGCAAUACCGCCAGAAUGAUCACAAGAAGAGCGGCAGCAUAGAGAGCACGAGUGACAGCGGCAACGAGACCGGAGAGGACACCAGUCGCAACACGGAGUCCCAGAAAACGUAUCACGUUACCAGUCCGGCGUAUUACAGUCCCAACAAAUAUGUGAAGAGAAACGGUUUGUGGGAGAAACUAACUCUGCGGUUUCGGCGGAGAAGUAUUGGUGAAAUUGGAACGGUGAAUUGAGGCCGGUUAUAUAUAUAUAUAU